CGUUGUGAUUCAUUUAUAUAUGAUCACUGGUUUGCUUUCUUGCUCAGCAGAGAAACGUCGCUAAGAUGUUUAAGCAAGCCAGUAUCGUGAAACUACUGUUGCUUUUUCUCUUAAUUUUUGGGAUAGUUAAAUCUGAGAGUAAUUUGGACUAUGAUGAAGAUGAGGACUCUACAGCCACAGCACCGGUUGAAGGUGAAGGGGAAGGUGAGCACCUCGAUGCCCGAGGUCACAGGCCAGUGAAGAAAAAGCAGGAGCCCUUUCCAUCUCUCAGACCAGUCGCUCCUCCUCCCAGUGGUGGCAUUAGAUACCGAGCUCGCCCAACAAAACCACCGGUUGCAGGACAAAAGAAAGAGCCAGUAGUUUUCCCUGAUAGCGGAGGCUGCAAGCAUGCAUCAGAAGAACUGGGAGUACUAUGUCCAACUGGAUGUGAGCUGAGAACUGAGCUGCUGAAACAGGAGAAGACAGUGAAGCCAACUAUUCAAGAUCUAACAGACAAAGUGAAGAAGCUAGAACAGUCCUCUACAACUAUCUAUGCCUUCAGCAAUAUUCUGGAUGAGCGUUUAGCAAAAAGGCAAAAACAAAUAAGAGAUAAUCAGAAUGUAAUUUCUGAAUAUAACAGGGAGGUCGAAGAACAUUACAGUUUCAUCAAAGAGAAUUUGGAUAACAACAUCCCUAGUAACCUAAAAGUACUUCGUGGAAUCGUGGAUAUUUUGCAUCAGAAAUUGGUAAAACUAGAUAAUGCCAUCACAAGCCAGCUGGGAGAAUGCCGCACGCCUUGUACUGUUUCGUGCAAUAUACCAGUGGUGUCAGGCAAAGAGUGUGAAGACAUAAUAAGGAAAGGAGGUGAAACUUCAGAGAUGUACCUUGUCCAGCCUGAUCCUUUUGUCAAACCAUACAAAGUUUACUGUGACAUGACCACAGAGAAUGGAGGUUGGCUUCUUAUUCAGAACCGCCAAGAUGGCAGCGUUGGCUUUGGAAGAACAUGGGACUCAUAUAAAAAGGGUUUUGGAAACAUUGCAUCCAGUGGUGGAAAGAAUUAUUGUGACACUCCUGGUGAAUAUUGGCUUGGAAAUGACAAAAUCAACCAGCUUACCAAGCUGGGACCGACAGAACUUUUAAUCGAGCUGGAAGACUGGGAUGGAGCCAAGGUCAAAGCACAAUAUGGAGGAUUCAGCAUUCAGGGUGAAGCGAACAAAUAUCAGCUCUCAGUUAGUAACUAUCGAGGCACAGCUGGAAAUGCCUUCCUAGAAGGAGCUUCACAGCUGCAAGGCGAGAACAGAACCAUGACAAUCCACAAUAGCAUGUUCUUCAGCACUUUCGACAGAGAUAAUGAUGGAUGGAUAAACCCAGAUCCCAAAAAGCAGUGUUCGAAAGAAGAUGGUGGAGGCUGGUGGUACAAUCGCUGUCAUUCAGCCAAUCCAAAUGGAAGAUAUUACUGGGGUGGUUAUUAUACCCCAGAGAUGGCAAAACAUGGAACAGACGAUGGGAUUGUAUGGAUGAAUUGGAAGGGGUCUUGGCAUUCACUAAAGAAAAUAAGCAUGAAGAUUCGACCAGUUUCCCAAUCAUGAUGAUUAUUAUUUAAAUAAAAAGUGGCAGGAUUUUGUGUUCUUA